AUGGACGGAGCUCCUAGAGGUCGUGGCGCGAGAGGGCGCGGUGCUAGAGGUCGUGGCGGCAGAGUUGGCCGUGGCGGCAGAGCUGGUGGUAGAGCUGGAGGCGAGCAGGCCGAGUCAGUUCCGUUGGCGGGUGAUGCCAGUGCGAGUGUUGGUUUGGGAGCGGGGGCUGCUCCGGGUGGGGGUGGCGCUCCGGCUCCGGGUCGUGAUGACUUAGUGGUGGGUUUGCUGACGCAGCUAUUGGCUCGUUUUCCGCCGGUGGUUCCACAGGGGGCUCCAGGAGUACCGCCAGUGGCAGAGGUGCAGCAUGUUGCUGCAGGCGUUGCGCAGCCGGAGGCUGUGGAUGCGGGUGUGACCGUUAUUUGGAGUUUAUGGGCCACAUGCAGAGAUUGGUACGCCUUUCUUCGAGGGCAGAGUUGGUCCAGAGGAGGCAGACGCGUGGCGUCAGAGAGUGGAGCGGAACUUUCAUUCGAUCCGUUGUCCGAUGGAGUACUGGGUGGAGUUAGCGGUCCACUAUUUGAGUGGCGAUGCUCAUUUGUGGUGGCAGGCCGCGGUGGGCCGGAGGGCAUUUUGGACUUGGGGCGACUUCCUUGUGGAGUUCAACGCCAAGUAUUUCCCGAGGCAGGCUCGUGA